AUGACCCAGCUACUGAAUCGACUAAACGUCAAGCUACGAAUUGCAGUAGUACAAUUAAAUCCGCAAAUAGGCCAUGUUAUUGAAACAACAGCCAGAGUUAAUGCUCUAGUUUCCCGAAUAGAAAAGUACAAGCCAGACAUCGUUGUUUUCCCUGAAUUUGCGCUUUCAGGCUAUAGUUUCCACUCGCGGUUACAAAUUGAGCCGUAUUUGAGUCCAGCGCGCCAAGGCCCCGCGUGGGACCUGUGUCGUAAAAUCUCAACUCAACUUUCGUGCGUCACUGUGAUGGGGUAUCCAGAGAAAUGCGAUGAGCUCACAGGGCAAAAAAUGUACAACUCAGCUAUUGUGGUCAAUUCAAAUGGCGAACUGAUAUUUAACUACCGGAAAUCGUUUCUGUAUCAUACUGACGAAGAAUGGGGGUGCUGUGAGAAUCCAGCGGGUUUCCAGACGUUUGAACUGCCCUUCGCGAAUAUCGCACGUGAUGCAGACGGUAAGAUGCACGACAUCAGUAUAAAGAGCGCUGUCGGGAUCUGCAUGGACCUGAGUCCGUAUAGGUUUGAAGCACCUUUCCAAGAUUUUGAGUUUUCCAGCUUCCACGCAGAGAAGGGGACGGAAUUGAUAUUGUUUCCCAUGGCUUGGCUCAAUUCUAUAUCUGUCACUCGUGACACCGAGAAUCCAAGCCAGCGAAGGAAAGAUAUCACCCGUUCUUUGAAUGCUCUUCAGUUGCCACUCAGUGGAUCACAAGGCACAUACCAUUGGGACGUGGAUUUGCAGGACGGCACACGUUUUGCAGAAAAUCCAGAACACAGCACUCAAGAAAAACCCGACAAUCAUAACGAGACUAAUGGCUUUUCGCGACCAGCGGAGCCGGAUCUCUCCAAUUUGAAUUACUGGAUUCUAAGGUUCAUGCCCUUCCUGGCAUAUGCAGACCGACAAAAUUGGUUCAUCGAGCGCUUACUUGCUCCUUUACUGACCAAGCUUCGAGGCUUACGUUCCUCUUAUAUGGGCGGGGUCGUUCAGAAACCAUGGUUAUUUGAAAAUCGAAAUGCGAUUGCAGUAAUGUGUAAUCGCUGUGGAGUUGAGGAAGGUUCUACAGUGUUCGCAGGCUCAUCUAGCAUUUUGAAAUUCAACGGUCAGCACGGAGAUGCCGAGAAAGAACUGGACAGCUCAAACCGCAGCGUCGAAGUUAUUGGGAGUCUGUCAAAAGGCUAUGAAGGGGUACUGAUACGAGACGUUGAAUUUCAAGUCGAUAGGUAA